GAAGCGGAAGCAACACGGAAAGCGGAAGCAACGGAUUGAGCGGCAGACAAGACACACAACGGCAACAACGGCGGCCAGAAUUUUUUCACGUUUGGAUAGCGUCGAGGAGGUGCAACGCAGUCGCAGUGGCAGCGCUGUUGGCAUAACGCAAGGCACACCUGGUGGCAGUGGUGCAGUGGCAGUGGCAGCGGCAACGGUGGCAGCGGGUUCUCCAGCCAGAGCUGGUGGCCAACAGCAACAGUUGGCUUCAGUUACAUCAUCUGCAGCGGCAGCAGGCGGAGUGGCAGUGUACGGUGCUGUGGGCGUUGGCGUCGGCGUUGGCGUUGGACUCGGCGGUGGUGGGGGCAAUGUUGCUGGCGGAGCACGUAAUCGCAGCGCCAGCACAAUACUCGAGCUAAGUCACAACACACUCCAUCACACUCGCAAAUUCUCUAGCGGCAGCGGUGUCGGCGGUGUCGGCGGUGUUGGAAUUGCCAACAUUCAAGCACUUGGCGUUGGUGAUGUGAAUGGCUAUGGUGACAACACAGCAGCUGCGAAAUGCGAUACGUAUAACGGAGGAGUCGGAGUUGGAGUCGGAGUUGGAGUGGGCAGAGCGGGAGGAAGCUUAGCGCAGGAUAGAAACACUGGAUCGAUUAAUGCACCAGCCACAGCAGCAGCAGCGACAGCAACGAGUGCGAAUAGCUUGGGAAUAACAUUGCGCGAACGUUUGUCCAUCAGUGGCGCAUCUGGCGAAGCAGGAGGAGGAGCAGGAGCAACAACUGGUGGCUCAGCACCAACGAUAGGAAGUGGAAGCGUGCCGCAUUGCAAGCGCCAGGGCAGCUUCUCGAAUGUAUUCUCAAAGCUAAUCGAUGGUAUGCCCGCUGGCACAAUGUUCGCCAAGUUCAAAAGCGCCAAUGUGGCGGCGUCCACGUCCAUGCAGAAUGUCGCCGAGGGCAAUCCCAUUACGCAGUACUUUGAGAUUGGCAAACCGGUCGCCUGUGCCGGGCCAGAGCUCGUCUGGCGCAUACACGAUGGCUAUCGCAAGAGUGACAACAAGGAAUGCUCCGUGUUUAUAUUCGAGAAGAAAGUGGCUGAGAAACUGCACAAGCCGCGUCGCAAGGAGACCAUUACGGAGCUGCUAAAGAGCUCGGUGAAGACAUUGGAACGCUUUCGUCAUCCACGGAUACUACAAAUCUAUCACACGGUCGAGGAGAGCGCGGAAACUUUGGCUUUUGCCGCCGAGCCCAUUUUCGCCAGUCUUUCAAAUGUUCUGGCUUUUCAUGAGUCGAAAACGUAUGAGAAUGCCAAUGUGGCAGCCGCAGCGGGCGUCGGUGGCGGCAGCGGUGGCAGCGGAGGAGGUGCUGGUGUCGGUGCUGGAGGCGGGGGAGGGACGCCACAGGGGCAAGCGGCACAGGCGGGAGGACAGCCACAACGACCGGCCCAUGCAAAGGAAUACAACUUCUUGGAUAUGGAGCUAAAAUAUGGAUUCUUGCAGCUAACGGAGGCAUUGUCCUAUUUGCACUAUUCCGGUCACGUAAUUCAUCGAAAUGUGUGUCCAUCCUCUAUACUAAUAACCAAGCGAGGCAUUUGGAAACUCGCCGGCAUGGAAUAUGUGGAAAGAAUGAAUGAGACUGAUUUGAAUAGCUCAAUUCCGUGUCCACCAUGGAGCAACAGGGUAUCAAAAAUGGCGCAGCCCAAUCUCGAUUUUAUGGCACCCGAAACACAGACGAGCUCCAAGUGCAGCCUGCUGAGCGAUAUGUUCUCAUUGGGCAUGGUCAUCUGUGCGGUGUACAACAAUGGACGACCUCUCAUCCAAGCGGGAAAUUCCACCUCCAACUAUGCCAAGCAACUGGAAACGCUGGAUGACCAUGUGCACAAGUUGAUGCCGAGGCUGCCCAUCGCACUGCAGGAGGCGACAUCGCGCAUGGCCAGCCGAGAUGCAACAGCACGACCCACCGCACAGUUGCUGCAGUUGAUUAAGUACUUUAUUGAUCCGGCUAUAAAUGCGUUGAAAUUCCUGGACGUGGUCAACAUGAAGGACACGCAGCAGAAAUCGCAGUUCUACAAGACAACCUUGAUUGAGGCCAUGCCGCUGAUACCGCGUAAACUUUGGUGGCAAAACCUCUGGCCCAUGCUCAAAUCGGAAAUCAACAAUGGCGAAGUACUCGCCGCUGUGCUGCAGCCCGUCAUGCUCUUCGUCCAGGAGGCGACGCACUCCGAAUACGAUGCCCUCAUGUCGGCCACAAUGAAAAUCGUCUACAAUACACCAAAAUCCAUACAGGCAAGCGUUACGAUACUCGAGAACUUGCAUUUGAUAAUUGAGAAAACGAAACCCGAAGAUGUCACCACAGACAUAAUGCCGAUGCUCUUCUUCUCCUUCGAUGGAUCCACAAUUCAAGUGCAGAGCGCCGCAGUUGUGGCUGUGGCAAAUGUGUUUGACAGCAUCGACGAGUUGUCCAUUCGACGCAUGGUCCUGCCAAAGGUCAAGCUGGUGUUUGAGAAGAACAUUACGGAUCCGAAGAUAGUGCAGAAUGUGCUGAUGUGCAUUGAGCGUGUCAUGGACCGCAUGGAGCGUGCCCAGGUUAUGGAGGAGGUGCUGCCAUUGCUGGCGAAUGUGCGAAUACCGGAUCCAGAUAUUAUCAUGCGUACUGUGCGCAUCUACCACAAACUGUUUGCGGACAAAUCCUAUGGCUUAACCGUCGAAACGAUGGCCACCAAUGUCCUCCCGCUCCUCAUUCCGCACACCGUCAAUCCGGCUCUCAAUUUCGAGCAAUAUUGCUAUCUGCUGGAGGUGCUGCAACAAAUGCUGGAGGCCAUCGAUCGGCAGCAGCGCAACAAAUUGAAGCUGGACAAUCUGUCGAUGGCAUCGCCAGAGCGACAUCGCACGCUGCGCCAUCAAUUCUCGACGGACAACAUGAAUGCCCCGCCAUUCAAUAUACCCAAUUUGCGUAUCGAUCAGCGCAAGACAUCCAGUGCUGAGGACAUGGCUCGCAAGAACUCCGGCGGUUCGGGCAUGCUGGGUGGCUGGUGGUUUGGCUGCUCGCCAUCGUCGCCGGAUAGCAAUUUCCUGCGCGUCGGCAAUGUGUUUCCCAAUCGACGGCUCUCGGACAACACGCUGAUGACACCAAAGAUACGCAUCGCACCCUCGUGCGCCUCCUCGCCGGGCGGCACGCCGGGCAGCGGUCUCCCCACCCGUCGACACUCGAGCAUUGGACCCCAAGAGCGACGCGGCUCCACCAUCAAUUUGUCACCACCAACUUACGGCGCUCGCGGUAGCUCUGGAUCGAGUCUAUCGGUGCCCUCCACCUCAGCCUAUGUUAAAUCUCCUCUAUUAUACUCCCAAAAACAGGGUGGCUCCAUGCCCAACACAUCGAGCAGCGUUCCAUUUCUACUGUCGUCGAGCAUGCAGUCGAUAAGGUCGCGAAGGACAUCGACGGUGCUGUCAUCGGGUCCGCUCGGCUCCGGUUCGGGAAUAUUGCAACAGUUGGGAUCCGGCAUGGUAAGACAAUUAACUUCCGUAUCCGGCACGGUUAGUCCGGUGCCGCUAUUGCGGGUCAAUGGUACGCGCAACAACAACAACGUCCGAAAGUGUCCGUCACUCAAUAUCACAUUCAGUCAAUAAUAUAAUCUGAACGAAAUCGGCGAGGCGCAAGCUCCAGCUGAUUACGGCCAUGAAAAUUACAAUUACACCGGUUACAACUACAACUACAACAAUGUGCGCUACAAGGCGCUGCAACGCAACAUGAAUCUCAAUCUCAAUGCGCCAAAAUUUUAGAAAUCCGAAAGGAACAAUUCGAAAAUUGGUUGUAAAACUUAAAUGCGAAAAUGACAAACUAAUGAGCAAAACAAUGAGAGAACAAAAUUACAAUGAAUUGAAUUGAAAAUGAAAUUUGAAUGAAAGAAAGUUGUAUGCAAAAGGGGCAGAGGGUAAAAUGAUGCAAAUAAUAAUACUAUCUAUAUAUAUGUUAUAUAUACGAUAUAUACAAUACAUGUACUUAUAACCUAAACUAUAAUUUAGACAUACGUACGUACUACAAAUUAACAAAACUAACCAAAACACAUUCGAGAAAUGUGCAAUACAAAUAUUGUUUUACAAUUUUCUUAAUUAAUUAUAAUACGCAUUCGUAAAUGUGCAAUAAAUGUAAAUGUCGCAUUGGAUACAUAUCUGAUAAAUCUUAAUGAAAGUUAUUUAUUAUACUAUAUAUACAUAGAUACUUAGAUUUAUCGAACCU